GAACCUCUGCACAGCCUGAUCCUCACACAUUAUUAUGCAAAGAGAGGAGUAUAAAGAGGGGCUGCCUGCUCACUCACUGCAUCUCCCUGGGAUCAGAUAUCACAGGACACUAUCUCCUAGCUCUCCAGCUCCAUCACAUCCUCUGACCAGACAGGAUGGCUCCUUACAGCGCUACCAACAUACUCACUACUGAGCACAAUCACAAGGCACAAGGAAUAAGAAAGAUGAGAAAACCAGUGGUUGAAAAGAUGAGGAGAGAUCGGAUUAACAGCAGCAUCGAGCAGCUCAGGAUGUUACUGGAGAAAGAGUUUGAGAGUCAUCAUCUCCCAUCCAAACCAGAGAAAGCUGACAUCCUGGAGAUGGCAGUGAGCUUCUUGCAGCAGCACAUGGCUACCAAAUAUGCACAGUCCAGUCUAGUCCAAAUAGAAGGGCACUCUAAAUAUCACCAGGACUCUCUGCAGUUCGUCUCCCCAAAGAACCAGUCAGAGUUUCCAGAGAAGCUUCUGCACAAUUUCUAUGAGGAUCAUUCUGUGGCAGUCAGUCCUCCUCUGUCACCUUUGUACCAGACACCCACCAAAUGCACAACCCCUGGGCCCAGCAAAGUUAUCUGGAGACCCUUUUAGACAUUUAAUGAACUUUCUGAGCAUCACCUUUAACUCCAGGAUAUCCUGCAGGCUGGUGGCUUACCUGAUACUUUACUAUGACUAUGUAAUAGAAUAAGUGGUUAUUGUAAUGGUGCAAUACCAAAGCUAUUCUGUAGCUGUAUGGAUUAUAUCCAGACAAUGUCUGGUGCAUCUGGCUUCUACCAGACUGUUCAGUUAAAUGACAGAUAUUUGUAGCUGUCAGUAAGGACAUUAAGUAACUUACCUAAGUGAAAUUAAUUGUUAUUAUUAUAUAAUGAUAUACUUAUGACGUUGACCCUGAAAGUACAAUAGAUGCUUUAAGAAGAGGUCAGACCUUAUAGAUACUGAACUGCUGUGCAAAUGUGUCUAUAUAUUAUAAUAUCUGUAUCCUCAGUGAGGAGAAAAUAUAUUCCUAAGUUUGGUUUAGGAAAAUUGUAAAACUAUAUAGCUAGUUGUGACUUAUUAAUAUGUAUUCUACUGUGUAGUAUUCUAUGUUUUUUCUGAAGGGUUGCUUGGAGUUGUAGUUCCCAACAGUUGUAGAACUGGAUAAUUGUUAUCUCAGUCCUGUUAAGAACUAACUGAAUCUGUGAUUCAUUCAAUGUAUGCAGUUAUUGCACUUAUUGGUAUAUUAUAUAUUUAUAUAUACAUAUAUAUGUGUGUUAUGCAAAAUUUGCAUGUUUAUUUGUGCCUGAAUAUCAAAUGUGUGCCUUUAUUUAAAAUGAUGGCGAUGGCCUUUCAAUAAAUUGAUUUUUUUUUUACAAAUGAA